ACAAAAUAUACAAUUUUUUUUUAUACGUAUCGAAUAAUAUAAGUUUUCUUCAGUGAUUUCUUAUGAAUUUCUACAAUAUUUGUUUAUUUUCAUAGUGCUCCUUGAUUUCACAAAUAUUUCUUCAUUUAUAGUUUUACAUAGUGAAUAGUAAAACAGAAACAUGGCUCAAAUAGAACAACCCAUGUUUAUAAUACCCAAGAAAAGAAAUGGCAAAAAGCCGAAUACUAUACAAAGCCAUGUAGACCACAUAAUAAGCGUGCAGGGAGCUGCAGAUAAUGAGUUGCCAACAAAAUAUAAAAAUGGACUGUCACCUGUCACUGAACAUGUUGUGAAUGGAAUUAUACACUCCACAAUGGAGGGACUGAAAUCUAACAUGAAAAUUAACUUGCCUAUUAUCACUGAUGUAUAUGAUGAAGAUUCAGUUGAACAAAAUGGUGAUGAUGAAACCCAAAAAUCUCAAAGAAAUGGUUAUCAACCUCUCACCAGCAUAAAUAGCAGCAGAGACAUCAUUGAUUUGUCACCCAUUUAUGAGAACUCAUCUGAUGCAUGCUCCAGUCAUGGAGAUUUAAGGGAUAGCACUGAAAAUGAUACACACAAAAGUUGUAAGAUUCUAAACUCAGAUCAGAUUGAAAGUUCAUCAGCAACCCCUAAUAGUCUAUCGCAAACUCAAUCUGAGAACAGUUUUGAAAUGGGCAUACUUACAGACAGUUUAAAGAACAGUGCUAAAAGGAAAAAACGAGUCAAUAUUGCCCCUGGUAUAGUUGAAUCAGAACAUACUGAUUCUGAAAUCACAGCUUUAAGAAUUGAAUCGGAAGGAUCAAUUUCCCCAGACUGUUCACUGACUGAUAAUUCAAAAGAUGGCUACUUAACUAUGACUGGCACCAUAAAAAGAGGUAAGAAAAAGGGUCAAAAUGUUGAUGUAAAAUUGAACAUAUCAAGAGAAGAGUUGGAAGUUAUUGAAGCUGCUAUUGUGGCUGAAGAAUAUAAUAAAAUGGAUAUAUCUAAAUGCUCAACAUAUAAUGGCCCUCAUAUAUUUUUGUUUACACUAGUUUGUAUUCCAUUUGUUGCUUGCAUAUCAGCUAUGUAUUCAUUUUACAUGGGUACAAUGACUUGGUAUAACAUUUUCACACAUGUCACAGAGAAUUUGAAUUGUGUUAAAAAGGUGUUUUUGGCUCCAAUAGUGAUAUUGUUGUAUCCAUUUUUAAUAGUUACAUUCACUGUUGGAUUGGGUUUGUAUGCUGGGAUUGUGCAGCUCACAUUCAGUGGGGCCAACUGGUGGAAGGAUGUAUGUGAUUUUGAGAAGGGUUUCUAUGGCUGGCUCUGCAGUACAUUGGGUAUAUCUGAGUGCAGUCCAUAUGAAGUUGUUGUACUAAUGGAUGUGAAACCAUGUUAAAUUAAUUGCUAUUGUAGAUUACAUAUUUAUUAUCUACAUUGAUAUAUUUAACCAAUAAAAUAUGAUAGGGUGUUCUCAUUACAUUUUUGUAAGUUGAUAGACUUACAAUAUUUUAGAAGCAAUGUAAGUUGACUGAUUUUUAUGUAAAUGUUAAGAAGUAGCAUUUGUACUGGACUGGGCAGGGAUAUUAGCAAUGGGUAUGUUGGAAAUAUAAGAUAAUUGGAUAAGUGCUUCAGAUAAAUAAAUUGAGAGAAAUCAAUGAAUUCAUUGUAAUGGUUUUAGAUUACUAUUUUUUCUUUAUAAUGUUUUAAUUCAUAAUAGCUUUAUUACCAAAUAGAGUGUACUUUGUCAUCAAACUUUAAGAAUGCUAUGACCAACUGCUAAGAGUUUACUGCUCCAUCACCUGUUGACAUUACUACUAGUAUUCACUUUGUUUUUCUUUUAAAAAAAACUAGUAUUUGUCUGUAAAAGUCCUGAAAGCUGCAGAUACUAAAUUGAAAUAGGUGAAUCAAAAUUGUAAGAUUUUACACUUUAAAACAAAGUUGAUACAAAUUUCUUUUUUAUGUCUGGUACUUGAUCAAAAACUAUACACAUACACUUUUGACCAGUCAUUCAAUUUGUGGUCAAUUAUAUUUGUUUAGAUGUUAUUUAGGGAUACAUAUUUGCCAAGAGCAUUUGUAUAUUAUGUAAUAAUGUGGGGAACAAUUGAAUAUAUUGCAAUUUAACAUUCUUGUAGAGCAAAAGGAUAAAUAUUCAUAUUGUUGAAGGUUUCAUUAGGUGUCAUUGUUUUUCCUGAAAUAUAUAAAUAAUCCUAAAAUAUUUGUAUAACCAUUUCAGUAAAAACAAUGCCAUAAACCUAUAACAUUUAGUGGUGUUCAUAUAAUACAAACCUAAUAUGAGCCUGGCUUUAAAAUAAGGCUGAUUUCAUAAACAUACAGGUGCACCACUAUUAUAUAAAUUUAACCUUCUAUUUACCAGUUAUGCCACUUUUCCACUUUUUAUUGGUGUUGUGAUUUUUGGUGAUAUGAUAUGAACUUACACUGCUAGUUUUAAUUUUUAGUUAAUAAUAGUCAUAUAGUUGAAAAUCCUUGCUCAAUCUCUUCCAGUAUUUAAUCAAUAUCUCUUUCUAUUCAUGUACUUCUCUAGUCAUUUUAAU